AUGGCAAGGCGUAAGAUGCAACAACAGAACUGGUCAUGUCACAGGGCUUCACCUCGGAAGUUAUUCCUUGGAGGAAAAAUAAAACCUUCUUUGCUUCACUUGAAACAUUUAACUUACUUGAAUCUUGCGGACAAUUCUUUUUGUGAGAACGAGAUUCCCAAGUUCUUUGGCAUGUUAAACAACUUGAGAUACCUUAAUCUCUCUCACUCAUGCUUUGCUGGAGAGAUUCCACCUCAGCUUGGGAACUUAUCGGCCUUGAAGAUUCUCGACCUGAGUUGGAAUAGCGGUUUGCAUGCAAAAAACCUUCUUUGGCUUUCAAGUUUUUCUUCACUGGAAUAUUUAAAUCUAGAAACAGUGAACCUUUUUGACGUAGGAGGAUAUUGGUCGAAAGCAGUGAACAUGCUUCCAUCUCUUGUGAGUUUAUAUUUGUACCAUUGUCAUCUUACAAGCCUCGAUCUUACCCUCCCAUCAGUCAAUCUCACUUCACUUGAGGUCCUCAAUUUGUUUGGCAAUUCAAUUAAGUCUCCAAUACCGCCCUGGUUCUCCAACCUAACCAAUCUUGAAGUGCUUGACCUACGAUCAAAUAACUUCUAUGGUACCAUCCCGGGUUGGUUUGGAAACUUGUGCAAGUUGAGAAUUUUGAGAGCCAAUUCUAACCGUCUUGAAGGUGGAAUUGUUCAGUUUUUGGAUCGUUUCUCGGCGUGCCAAAAUAAUAGCUUGGAGAUCCUCUAUUUAGGAGGCAACGAUCUAGAAGGAAGUUUGCCAGCAUCAUUAGGAGCACUGAAGAAUUUGCAAGAAUUUGACCUCAACACUAAUUUCUUUUGGGGUUCAAUUCCGGCUUCUAUAGGGAACUUAUCAUCCUUGAGAUUCUUGGAACUUUCUGAUAAUAAUCUCAAUGGUACAAUUCCCGAAAGUUUUGGGAAACUCGCUGAGCUGUCUAUACUGAGUCUAGUAGGUAAUCAAAUGGAAGGUGUUUUGACAGAAACCCAUUUAGCAAAUCUCACAAAAUUGGAUUCUUUGAGGCUCACAACAUACCCAAACAGGUCACUGAUUUUUAAUGUGAAAUAUGACUGGGUUCCUCCUUUCAGGCUUACAGUCCUCUUAUUAAUAAAUUGCCAGGUAGGUCCUUCUUUUCCAGUUUGGCUUCAAAUUCAAAGCAAUCUUUUCUAUGUUAUAAUUUCAAAUGCUGGGAUUUCGGACACCAUUGAAGAAGAAUGGUUUGCCAGAUUAUUUUCUAGAUGUUGGCAGAUAGAUCUGUCUAAUAAUACAAUCAAGGCCAAGCUACCCACACAACUUUACUCGACAAAUCUGGAUAUAGUUGAUUUGAGCAGGAAUCGCUUCGAGGGCCAGAUCCCAUUUUGGUUGACUAAUGCAACGCAACUGUAUCUUCAGAGAAAUUUAUUUUCGGGUUCUAUUCCAGAGAACAUUGGGGAACAAAUGCCACAGUUGGAACAUUGUUUCUUUCUCGGAACCAGAUAA